GUCUCACACCUCCGUCUGAGACACUGCGCCCGAGCUCCACACAGCGCAGGAGGAGUAACGCAGGAGGAGUAACGCAGGAGGAGUAACGCAGGAGGAGUAACGCAGGAGGAGUAACGCAGGAGGAGUAACGCAGGAGGAGUAACGCAGGAGUCGGUCUCGGAUCUUUACGCGUUUGAAUCAAGACAAACUUUCUCCAGGAUUGACCUGAUUUUACGUGACUAUGGAUCGAUACGACAGUUUGGAUCUGGACCUGGAGUGUGAUGGAGGAGGAGGAGUCUCUCACAAAGCUUCACUGUUUGGAGGAAUGUUUAAGAAAUCUUCAAAGUACCACAGAGAGCACAGAGCGCCCCCUACGGAGCAGAGAGCGCCCCCUACGGAGCACAGAGCGCCCCCUGCGGAGCACACUGCCCCUGUCCACUCAAACGACAAAGGCCGAGCCGUGGGAGCGCCCCCUGUCCCUCCUCCCAGACCGGGACACCUCCGUCGGGCUUCACAGGACAAUUUGGAUUUGGACCCUGACUCCAGAGCUGAUGGUCUGAACGAAAACUCCACGAGCAAAGAGUCCGGUGGUGUGUUUGGGAUCUUUAAAAAGUCUCCUAAAGCCUCACACACGAGACGACCCUCUCAGGAUAUUUUGUCGAGUUCCAUUGACGUCAACGGCAGCAACGAUGACAAUCUGACUCAGGACACGAAGGAGGGAGGAGGGUUCAGCGGGAUGCUCAAAAAAUCAGCAAAAUUUUUCUCUUGGACGCAGUCUCAGGACGAUUUGUCUGAUGGCCCUGAAUCCACUGAAAUCUCUGAGGACACGAAGGAGAAAGGAGGACUUUUUAGUGGCAUGUUUAAAAAGCCAAAAGGAGCAAAAACUCAGUCUCAGGAGGAUCUGACCUCUGACCUCUCCAGCAGCAAAGAGGAGCUCUCAGAUAAUAACAACACUAAGGAAAAGAGCCGACUGUUGAGUGGCGUUUUCAAAAAGCACAAACUUGGAGCAAGAUCACAGUCUAAAGACGACCUGACGGCAGACGGUGAACUGUCAAACAGCCAAGAGGACCUCACUGAGAGUAACACAAAGGAGAAGAGUGGGAUUUUAAGUGGAGUUUUUAAAAAGCCAAAACUUGGAGCCAGAUCACAGUCAAAGGACGAUCUGUCUGCAGACGCUGAACUCUCAAAAAGCCACGAAAACCUGAACGAAAAUAACACGAAGGAAAAAUCUGGACUUUUUGGUGGAAUGUUUAAAAAGCAGAAGGGCCUUGGUGCGAAAUCACAGUCUCAGGAUGAUUUGUCAGAAAACACUGAACUUUCUGGAAGCGCAGACAGUCUGACAGAGAAGCCUUCAAAGGGCGGAGUCUCACACUUCUUGAAAAACCCUUUUUCGUCUUCUGCUCAGAAAGAGACAGAUGCCCAGGAAACACAAGAAACGACAAAAACCAAUGAGAAGCCCGAGGAGGACAGACCUAAAACGGUCAAAAAUAAAGUGCUACAGUUUGAACAAAGAGACAGAAGUGAAACCUUCAUCGAGACAAACCGCACGAGUCGACCCAAAGACGAGAUGAACAAAGAAACAUCGAGGCAGCAGCCGACGGGAACGCCAAAGGUUCCUCCUCGACCGACACGAGAGGAAAUGUCCAAAAUGUCCGAGUUCAAUCAGAAUCCUGAGGACAGGAGACUUUACCCGACUCUGCCCGACACGUCUGAAGCUGAAGCUCUGGAUGAAGAUAAACGAGCUGAAGACGAGGCCGAGCAGAGACCGGUCAAAGUGAAAAGGCCAAAACAUCACAAUCCCUUUAUGCCCCGGACUGGAGUCAAGCUCGCAGCCGUGGAAACGACAGAAGAAGCAGAAGCAGAAAAUGUGGAGACUUCAGCCCAAGAAGAAGAAAAGGACGAGGACGGCGGCAGCAAAGCAGAGGAAAAAGCCAAGAAACCAAAAAGACGAAACCCCUUCAUGCCUCAGGUCAAGAAUAAAAUUGGACAAAGACGAGAAGCUGAAGGAGCAGAGAGUGAAGGAGCAAACAGAAGUUUGUUUGAUCGACUGGAGGAUUUCAGGUUUGAACCAUCUCAGCCUGAAACCAGCGACGAUGCAGAUCAUCUCAUGGAGUGGUGGAACACUGUGGAGAAUUGGGAAGACACUCCUCAACCCGACGACAUGACGCCAAAAGAGGAGGCAAAGGCGUUCGCGGUGACGGCGGAAAAGAUCCAAAAGGGAAUCCGUGUUUUCAACAAACUGUUUUCGGAGCGAGCGGAGAGUCUGUGGCAGCACGUCAUCGACUUAAACGCCAUCGCAGACGGACUCGACAAAUUCAACAAGAAAACCAAAAUCGCACAAAUCACUGGCGGAUCCACCAGCGCUACUGGCGGCGUGCUAACCAUCGCCGGGUUAGCGCUAGCGCCUGUUACCAUGGGAACCUCUCUUAUCGUGACCGCGGUCGGUUUAGGAGUAGCUACGGCGGGCGGUUUGACGUCGGCCGGCGCCGGAAUCUCGAAUCAAGUUAACAAUUCGAUGGAUCGGAAGAAAGUGGAAAAGAUCGUGGAAGAUUAUCAGGAGAAAAUGUUGGAUUUGAACAAAGCGCUAAUGUUCAUCAAACAGGGAAUCGAGCAGCUGCGCCGCUUCGACCUCAUCAAGAUGAAAAAACAAGCGUAUAACCAGGACUUUCCUGUUCUGAACAGCAGGUUUUAUGAAGACGGCGCUAUGGCGGGAAAAGCUAUACUGAUCAACGCUAACGAAAUCAUGCGAGUGGUGCAGAUCGCUAACGUAGCCGGCAGCACAGCCGCUAGAGCGGUGCAGAUUGCUAGCAUGGCCACAGGAGUGCUCACCGGACUGUUCGUCGGGAUGGACAUCUACUUUGUGGCUAAAGACUCGAAAGAACUGAAAAAAGGAGCGAAAUCUGAGUUUGCGGCUAAAAUUCGAGAAGUCGCUCAGCAGCUGCACGACGGUUUAGUCGAGUUAAACACGAUCAGAGAAGAGCUCCAAUCAACGACGACGCCGACGAACGAGGAAGAGGAGAGAAGAGGAGAGGAGGAGCAGAAACGAGAGGAAGAGGAGAGAAUGAAACACCUGUACGACGACGAAGAGGAGGAAGACGAGAUCGACCGAAUCAAGAAACAAAUGAAGAAAGAUUAUGAGAACAGAGAGUGGGUCUAACACGAGAGAAGAGAGGAAAGAAGAGAAGAGAGGAGUGAGACAGGAGGGGAGAGACAGGAUAGAGGACAGACAGGAGAGAGCUAUAGUAGGAUUUUAGGAUUUUAGGAUUUUGCUAUUUCGUAUUCUACCUUUUGGCCAAUAGAUUUUAAUGAGAGAAAUAAGCUUGACGGGGGAUGAAGAGAGUGGAGAGACAUUCAGCAAAUACUUGGAGCCACAUCAAUCAAAACUCACACAGUUUCAGAACCACCUCAAUCUGGACAAUAUCAACUUUACAAACAUUAAAAAUCACACACUAAUCGAUACUAAAACUAGUAACAAAACUAAAUCCUCAUUUUUCACAGGAAUCGAUACUAAAAAAGUCACAUUGACAGAAACAAACCUGAAUCCGUCUUAAACUUGUUCUGAUACAGUUCUAGAUCAUUCUCUGAGUAAAGAAGUGGAUUCAGUGAGUUUGACUCCAGGUUCGGCUCCAGGUGAAGCUCAUCGAGGUUUGAGCAGCUCCAGGGUCAAUCUGAGCCCAGUGCCAUAUUUGAGUCUCAUAACAACCAAAGAGCCAAUCAGGAGCCAGGCUGUCGAAGGUCACGCCCCUUCCCGCCCACACCGCUGGUUUAGCAGAGAGCGAUCGCUUGUCCAUAUGUUGAUUUACAGACACAAUAGUGAAAUAAAACCCCAGGAUCACGUAGAGCGAUGAGCAGGAAGUGCCGAUGAUCACUUCCUGUUUAACGCGGCGCUUGCACGUCUGUACUCAUCAUUAUCGCCGCGGUAUCGUAAACUGAAUAUUGAGGCUAUGCUUCAGUAUCUCGUUCCAUCGUCGAGGAUCAUUUGUCACUUUAAAAACGUCUUCUGUCGGUCGUUGCUGCUAAAAUGAGAAAACACUUUGUGUUUGUGCCACUGAAACGUGUUUUCACUGAUCUAAUGUUUUUAUUUUAAUGUUUUUACUGUAGGAUAAAUACUAAACCAUGUAGUGCCUUUAUAUCGAUGCCUUAAAGAUGUAACAUGUAACUUUUCUGACUUUUCUGGUACCUGCUUGUCUCCAUGCAGAUGUUAUGGCUUUGUCUGGAAUGUUCCACAGUGUGGCAUUUAACUUACCCAGUAUCUUAGCAUUUAUUCAGUCACUUGUUUUUUUGUUUUGUUUUGGCCUCUCCACAGAUCUGACCUGUAACUUUGUCUGGUUUAAUGCCACACUGUGGAACAUUCCUGGCAAAGCGAGAGCGUCUCCAUGGAUACAGGCGUGUUCUUGGAUUCAGGGCUAAACAGUAAAAUAUUUGAUGUUUGGAUCAUUUUGAUGUGAAAGUUUCACUGGAUGUUUCUUUUCUGUUUUUAUUUAUCUGAAUUUUCUUUAUAGAACUUUAAUAUUUAUUCUUCUACAAAUACAACUUAUAUUUACUGUAGUCACACACACACAUCUACACACACCCCACACACCACACACACACCCCUACACACCACACACACACACACACACACACACACACACACACACACACACACACACACAUCUGAUUCUGUGAGACUUUGAUUAAUGUAAAUGUGAAACUCAUUAAACCAGAAUAAAAAAUACCUGU